CUCAAGAAAACGAAAAAGACAAUAUAUCAGUAUCAUCAACAGAAACCAACCAUCGAAAUAAUAACAGCAAUAUAAGAACCAGAAAAUAGUUAAAACGCAAUAACAAUAACCAUUAAAUAAGGUGUUGGAAUCUCAGUUGCUCUCAUAUUCUGGUGUGAUUUCCGGUUAAAAGCCUUUUCUGGAAGCAUUAUGUUGAGUCACUCCAAGAGUAGAAUCAGCAGCUCAUCUCACGUUUUAGGAUGAUCCCGAGAAUCAAUCCCAAUCGAAUCUAUGCAGCUACUUGUUUCAUGGGUCGUGAUCCCGCGAGAGUGAGCUAACUCCAAAAAACCCGUCCACAGUUCGGAUUUCAGGCUGCAACUCGCCUGCAUGAAGCCUGAAUUUUGGAUUUUGCGACUGAAAAUCAAACCGAAGUCAAUUCAUUCAACAAUGCCCCCUCGGGACAUUAUGUAUUGGAUUUUGCCAACACCCUUUUCUGUCUUGCAUUUCACCAUGGCACUUCUAUCUUUCUUUCUAUUUCAAAGCUUGUGCUUUGGUUUAGAUCACUGCUCCUUGUCAAAGCUUAGUUAUCCGUGAAUGAGAACUCGUUUUGCUUGUUGGUGGUAGGAAUUUCUCGAACGAACUGCACUCUUUCGUAUACGUCAGGAGUCCAUUGAUGAGAAGGGGCUGGGGAUGGUUUAUGAUUGAAUCUCAGAGGCAUUCUUAUCAUUUGGUAGAUCCAAGUCCAUAGCCUAUUUCGUUUCUGUCCAAUCGCUACAUAGACACAAUACAAUGUCUCACUCUCAGAGGUGGCCCUCCCAGGCAGGAGAAGGGCUUAUACUGCUCGCAUGCUGUCGAGUUGUGACGAAGGGGGGACGGGGAAAGCUACAGGCCCAAAACCUUCGACCCUUCUUUCUAAAUGGAGGUGCCCGAGUGAACGACACACUUUAAUCAUCUAUGAUGAUCCCUCCAAACAAGCACAAGCUUAUCGCUUGGAAGCUCGAAACGAGCGGUCAAAGGAAUUGAUCCGUUUAGUUCUGUUCUUCUCCUAGUUUUAUAGCACACCCAUGUUGAGGUCCGUCAAGUCCUCUAGCCUAGAGUAGUCAAAAUUUCCUCUGAUAUUGAGUCUUCGAGAGCCAGACUGGAAAUGAUAAUCCCUACGGAAAGAUAGUUGGCUGCCAUCUUAGACACCGUCUUAUUGGCCCAUGGAAAUUAUCGAAACCGCGUUCCGGGAGAAUCUAGUCAUUUAGUCGGUCCAUAACUAUCUCUGAGAAAGCUCCGGAGAUUCUAUGGGAAAUCGAAAACGUCGAAGUAAGUUGUGACUUAUAAAUAGGAAGAUAAGGAGAUAAGGGGCGAAGGAUAUUCAUGAUAUUCGGAAAGAUUUAUGUUCAUUUGCUCUGCUAGCAGAGCGGUAAUAGGAACAAGAGCCAGAUCGAAGACAUUCCUUUCAUUCUUUUAUACCCCUCUGGAGACUGACACUAUGCUUUAUAGAAAGCGAAAUAGUGAUAAGGAGUUGCGGAAAAGUCCCCGAAAAAAGGAAGCGACUUUUCCCGGAAGAGCCCCAUUUUUCACUGGGUCAAAGCCUAAAAUCUGAUGAAUAGAAGGAAAGUAGAUCAGAAAGAUAGGUGAACGACUUGACUAUAGUAUAGGUCGGAUGUUUCCGUGAGCAGUAAACAGCAGAUCUCCCCUUAUUUAGUACAUUAUACAUCUGUCCGCCAGCAGCGGAGGGGGUUCGAUUCCCGCAUAACUUAUUAUGAUAACAUCUUCUGUGCAGUUAUCAAUGAUAUCAGGCAUUGUUAGGUUGAAGGUUGGACGGAUUGUUAUAGUGAUCCUGAUUUUACGCGUAUGAUGCUCCUCGAUACAAAUUUUCUUUUGAGCUAUAUGGAAUCCUUCACACUUUAUCCAAAAGUUAAGGAUUUCUUUGUAAGAAAUUUUGGUUUUGUGAUUAUCAGCCAACAAAAGUUAGGGGCUGAUGGAAAAAAAUAGUACUGAGGAUGAGCAGCCUAUGCAUCUUCUUGAAAUUCUUCGGGAUGUCAUCAUCUCCAAACCAAUUCAAUCAAAAACACUUGAGCAAAAGGAUUUCAAAACGGAAUCGAAGAGUCAUAUCUACCCCUUUCGAUCAGUUAGAGAUCUCAAACAGAAGGGCAUAUAUCCAUGGAAUCAAAUUCAAAUCCUACAAGUUGUUUGGAAAACUCGAUCUUCCAACGGAACAUAUGAACAUCUAUAGCAAGGUAAUCUAUGCAAACAUGAUAGCUUAUGAGAUGAGCCCAAACACGAAUACUCGAUAUGAGGUGACAUCUUAUGUGAAUUUUAUGAAGUCACUGAUAGUAUGUUCAGAGGAUGUCAAAGAACUACGAGAAAAAGGAGUAAUCUGCAACCAUUUGGGAACAGACGAAGAUGCAGCCAAACUGUUCCAAGAUAUUACUACUUAUGACGUGGUCUCUCAUGGCAGUACUCUUGUUGAUGUUAUAAAAGAUAUUCAGAACCACGUUAGCAGCAAAGCUAAAACAUCGAUGGCAGAGUGCUACUGGACUUAUUUUAGCACUCCAUGGUCAAUUAUCGCGUUACUUAUAGCUGGUGCGCUACUUUUCUUAACUAUUAUGCAAUUAUAAUAGGUAUCCUAUGAAUUAAACAGAUGCAGCAAUGUGUAAACACCUAAUUUAUGUUCCUCUUCUUUUUGUCUGGUCAUUCCUAAAUAAAUGUUUUUGUUUCAUUUUA